AUGGCGUCUAUUAGAAGAACUUUGUCUCCAGUGCCUCGAGCAGGAACUGCACUAAAUGGGGAAGCUUGUUCAGUUGCUUCUCCAUUGUCCAGGUCCUCAUUUACUCACAACAACUACCCAACAUCCAAUGGAUUGUUAUCGUCUCUGUCCGCUUCAUUGGACCCUUUUGUUCUCAGUAUCUUUUCUCCAAGGUCUUCUAGGCCCCUUGAGAAGUCAAAACCAAAGGGCCAUAUUUGGAGGAGGGCACUUUCCCAUUUCUUCAUUUGUUUCAUUGUUGGGCUAUUCAUUGGGCUUACACCCUUUGCCUCAAUGAAUUUCUCCAUGAAUCUCAUGUCGAAGCAUCAAGACUUCUCCUUUGACAUGAUAUCUUCAGUUGGGUUUCAGUUGCAUGAUAGUGUACACAGAAAUGUCACACCAUUCGACAGUGUGAAAAUGAAGAAGAAUGUUACGACAGAGUUGCAAGUCAAGGAGUGGGAGGCAAAAGAUGGCAUUCUAAAGAAAGCUGUAGAUAACCGGUUACUUAUCCAAGAAUCAGAUUUGGAGUUCCGAAAGCUUUUGAUAAUCGUGACCCCAACAUAUGCUCAGCCAUUUCAAGCCUAUAAUCUGAAUCAUUUGGCACACACGCUAAAAUUAAUCUCACCUCCAUUGUUAUGGAUUGUUGUGGAGAUGACCUCCCAAUCUGCAGAAACAGCUGACAUCUUGAAGAGAACUGGGAUUAUGUACAGGCAUCUUGUUUGCAAUAAGAAUCUUACUGAUGUAAGAGACAGAAGUGUUCAUCAAAGAAAUGUUGCACUUUCUCACAUUGAAACUCACCGCCUUGAUGGAAUCGUCUACUUUGCAGAUGAGGAUAAUGUCUACUCAACUGAUCUUUUCGAGCAAAUGAGGCAGAUCAGGCGGUUUGGGACCUGGACAGUGGCCAAACUAAUGAGUGGCAAAAUGAAACCUAUUAUUGAGGGCCCAGUUUGUAAUGGAACUCAGGUCAUAGGAUGGCAUGUAAAUGAAUCAAGUAGAAGAUUUCAGAGAUUUCAUGCUAAAAUAUCAGGAUUUGCCUUCAAUAGUUCGAUACUCUGGGACCCCAAAGGGUGGCAUCGACCAACCCUUGAACCUAUUAGGCAGCUUGACACAGGGAAUGAUGAUUUCAAGGCGAGUACAUUUAUUGAACAAGUUGUCGAAGAUGAAAGUCAAAUGGAAGGUUACUGCAUGAUUGCUCAACAAUCAUGGUUUGGCACCAUCACCGUGAAUCAUCUAAUGCCUUCUAUCCUCACAAAUGGAUCAUGA